ACUCUCCCAGUCACUCACUCACUCACUCUCUUCACUCUUUCUUCCCCAACUCAAAAUGGGUCGCCACGUCAUCUUCACGCUCCUCAUUCUCUCCGUCGCCGCCACCGUCUCCGGCCACAACAUCACCGACAUCCUUGCCGGAAGCCCCGACUACAGCGACUUCAAUAGCUACCUCUCGCAAACAAAACUGGCCGACGAGAUCAACAGCCGCGUAACCAUCACCGUGCUCGUCCUCAACAACGCCGCAUUCUCCGCCGUCACACGCGACCACCCUCUCUCCGUCAUCAAAAACCUCCUCAGCCUCCACAUCCUCCUCGACUACUUCGACAACUCCAAACUCCACCAAAUCCCCAACGGCACCACCCACUCCACAACCCUCUACCAAACCACCGGCAGCGCUCAAGGCAACAUCGGCUCCGUCAACAUCACCGACUUAAAAGGUGGCAAAGUUGGCUUCGGCUCCGCCGUUCCCGGCUCCAAGCUCGACUCCACUUACACCAAAUCCGUCAAACAAAUUCCCUACAACAUUUCCGUCAUCGAAAUCAGCGCGCCGAUUAUCGCGCAAGGUAUUCUCACGGCUCCCCCUCCGUCAGCCGACGUUAACAUAACGGCGCUCCUUGAGAAAGCUGGUUGUAAAACCUUUGCCUCGCUUGUUUCCUCUAACGGACUUAUUAAGACGUUUCAGUCAACGGCUGAUAAAGGUUUGACCAUUUUUGCUCCCAACGAUGAGGCUUUUAAGGCACGUGGCGUUCCCGAUUUGAGCAAGCUCACCAACGCUGAAGUGGUCUCGCUCUUACAGUAUCACGCCGCCGCUAAGUACCUUCCCGUUGGGUCUUUGAAAACCACUAAGGAUUCUAUCUCCACCUUGGCCACCAACGGCGCCGGAAAAUUCGAUUUAACGGUUUCCGUGGCCGGAGAUUCCGUUACGCUCCACACCGGAGUUGAUUCUUCAAGGAUUGCUGACACUGUUUUGGACUCCACUCCGCUUGCGAUUUACUCUGUUGACAGCGUGCUUCUUCCAUCUGAGUUGUUCGCGAAAUCGCCUUCACCGGCACCGGAACCAUCUAGCGCUCCUUCUCCGUCUCCGGCAUUGGCCCCAUCGCCUGUGUCGGAGUCGCCUUCUCCGCUUCCCGCUUCACCGCCUGCUCCCGCUGGUGAGACACCGGCUGGUGCUCCGGCGGAUGCGCCGUCGUCAGAGGCUGAGCGAAGCACUCCCGGCAAGUCUGCUGGCGUUCACGUGAAAGCUUCUGCGGUUCUCACUGUUACAGUGACUGCUCUGUCUGCUUUUGUGGUUUCCUCUAUCUUUAUGUCUUGAUUUGUAAUUUUACAUUUUUAUUGGUUUUGUUUUGUAAUUGUUUGCUCUUUUUUUUUUUUAUAAUUUUCCCAUGGCUGUGAUUGGACUGGGGAAUUUUUUAUUUAUUUAUUUUGCUAUAAAUUAAUUUAGGCAUGUGAUGAUGUACUUGAACGCUGCUUUUUUAAUUUAAUUUUUGGGUUAUAUAUUAUAGAAGGUUCUGGUGGUUUUCGGGUGGUAUUAUCUGGUGUGGUGGUUUCUAUUGUAAUGUUUUGAGAUGCCAAGGAGCGUGAUUGGUGGAGGUGAGGGAAGGGCACGUGGAGGAGUUUGAGUGGGUCCUACGUGUUUCC